AUGUGGCGACAGUUUGAAUUUCAAAAGAUUGGUGAUGAUGAAGCGCAAGCAAUUGCUGAAGCACUCAAGGUGAACACAACGCUCACCCAGCUCGAUCUGAGUGACGAUAAGAUUGGUGAUGUUGGAGCGCAAGCAAUCGCUGAAGCACUCAAGGUGAACACAACGCUCAUCCAGCUUCAUCUGCACGGCAAUCAGAUUGGCGAUGCCGGAACGCAAGCACUCGCUGAAGCACUCAAGGUGAACACGACGCUCACCCAGCUUCACCUGCAGCGCAAUCAAAUUGGUCAUGUUGGAGCGCAAGCAAUCGCUGAAGCACUCAAGGUGAACACGGCGCUCAUCCAGCUUCACCUGCAGCGCAAUCAAAUUGGUCAUGUUGGAGCGCAAGCAAUCGCUGAAGCACUCAAGGUGAACCCGACGCUCACCCAGGUCAACCUGCACAGCAAUCGGGUUGGUGAUGCUGGAGCACAGGCAAUUGCUGAAGCACUCAAGGUGAACACAACGCUCACCCAGCUCGACUUGUUCUCAAACGAGAUUGGUGAUGCUGGAGCGCAGGCAAUCGCUGACGCAGUCAAGGGGAACACAACGCUCACCCAGCUCGAUUUAAGUUCGAACAAGAUUGACAGAGUUGGAGCACAGGCAAUUGCUGAAGCACUCAAGGCGAACACAACGCUCACCCAGCUCUACCUGCAGCGCAAUCAAAUUGGUGAUGUUGGAGCGCAAGCAAUCGCUGAAGCACUAAAGAUUAACACGACGCUCACUCAGCUCGAACUGUUCAACAAUCAAAUUAAUCAAGUUGGUGAUGUUGGAGCGCAAGCAAUUGCUGAAGUACUCAAAGUGAACACGACGCUCACCCAGCUUGACUUGCGCGGCAAUCAAGUUGGUGAUGUUGGAGCGCAAGCAAUCGCUGAAGCACUCAAGGUGAACACGGCGCUCAUCCAGCUCGAUUUGGGCUGGAACAAAGUUGGCGAUGCUGGAGCACAGGCAAUUGCUGACGCACUCAAGGGGAACACGGCGCUCAUCCAGCUCGUAAGCACUUCAGAAGAAUACGACCUUGCAAAACCUCAAUCUGUGGACUCGAAUCGGGUUGGUGACGCUGGCGCUCGUUCCGUCUCAGAAGCACUCCUAAAGAAUACGACCUUGCAAAAUCUCAAUCUGUGGCUUAAUCAGAUCAAAGACGCUGGCGCUCGUUCCAUCUCAGAAGCACUCCAAAAGAAUACGACCUUGCAAAAUCUCAAUCUGGCGGAAAAUCGGAUUGGUUAUGUGGAGGAAACGGUCUUGCGCCACAGUAUCCAUCCAACCUUGCAAUUACACAUUGCUGACCAGCGUCGAUCUGGUUCUGUUCGAUGCCAUGAAGUCCGCGUAGUCGUUCUUGGCGAUCCUUCAGUCGGCAAGACCUCGCUUGUUAGGGGAAUCGCCGACGGUUACGUGCAACAGGCGUUCUCCAAUAUAUUCAGCAUUGCCAAUUCCACCGAUGGUAUUGACAUUUCGACAGUCAUUCUGCGUGAGACAGUCUUUCUGCGCGAGCCAGUCGUUCUGCGUGCAAAAGUCGAAUCCAUGAUUUUGAUCAUUUGGGACUUCGCUGGUCAAGAAGUCUAUCUGGUUUCACACCAGUUCUUUCUUCGUGAACGAACAGUCUACCUGGUCUUGUUUGACGUGCGUGAAGACUUAUCACUCCAUUCGCGCCUUGCCUUUUGGCUACGCAGCUUGCACGCUUGCGUUCCAAACGCCGAUAUCAUUCUUGUUGGAACCCACAUUGAUGAUCCGUCAUACACUUCGGAGCGGCAGCAAGAGCAAAAACAAAAUCUUGACAAUCUGCUCAGCACCUUGCAAGAAUCAAGUGUUUCGUUCAACGUGCAUUCGGCCGUCUACAUCAACGCGCGGAACUCUACGGGAGCCCCGAGCAUGCCGGAACUCAAGACUGCAUUGUUCCAAGCGGGACACGACAUGCCGUUUUACAAUCGGCUAUUGGAUGGCCAAUACCUUGAGCUCAGAGACUCUCUACGAAAGCGAGCCGAUCAGUUGGUCGCCCAAAACAAACCACCCCUCUGUCGAUGGCAUGAAGUUGUCGAGCUUGGCCAGUCACAGAGUCUUACCGAGCAGGCAAUCGAUGCUUUCAUGGAGCUCUUGCGUUUUCAAGGCUGGGUCGUUUUCCAUCGUCUCGCCAAUUCAGCUACCCCAGACACGUCCAAUGUUCCCGCGCUGCAGCCAGCAACUCUCCUCGCUUCGAUGAACGAUAUUGUCAUCUUGAACCCUCAGUGGUUUACGAAAACAGUCCUGACUGGAGUGAUUACUCAGAAACCUAAAGAUCGAUGGGUCAAGGAUGGUCUCGUGACUCGCCAGGAUCUGCUUCGAAACGCUUGGAAGGGCAUCGAUUCUGCGAUUUGUGAUCAGUUUGUGCUGCUCCUUCAGCGAUACGAGCUCUUGUACAAGAUGAGCGAUGCCGAUCAGCCUGGAACCGAUUCUGCUUCAAGCGCAGGCACUCGCUAUGUCAUCCCUUCGUACCUGCCCGCCUACAAAUCCGACCCUAGUAAAUGGUCUCUGAAGCCUGAAGCGAGCGAGCCGCAUGAAGUUGCUAUUGUGAUGGAGACCAAGUUUUUGCUGGAGGGGUUUUUCUCGAGGCUGCUUGUGCGCUUUCACGAGCGGAAGUUCAAUUUGAUGGCGUGGAAAGAUGCUGUUCUGGUCAAUUACGGCGGUCCUCGAGCACUACUGCGUGUUCAUCGCAACGCUUCCAAUGUGCGCCUUGAGUUUACCGCUCGCGGGAAGCAUCCAGAGAGGCUGCUUCCAACUCUGAUUGAGAUACUGGACAAGCUCAGCUCGGAUUGGUAUCCUGGAAUCUCGUGGAAAACCUACCUGCGCUGUCCCAUGCAGGUGCCUCAUGACAAACCGUGCAGGUGGCUGCUCCGAACUCAAGUUCGAGACGCGGUGAUUGACAAGAUGAAAAACUUAUCUUGUUCGCACACGCACAUCGUGUUUCCAAAGGAGGAAUGGCUUCCAGUUCUCCACUCGCUUUUGCAGCGUCGUUUGAACGCAGUUUCGCAACCCACGCCGGAGGAUGUCGAAGCGCUACGGCAACUCGAACCGCAACCAGCACCGGCGAGCGAGAUCCAAACAGCAGCGACGGAAGCUGCAUCACUUGUCGCAGCACAACUGAUUGCAUCUGGAAAGCAAACAUUGCAGGAAGUUGGUGCGGCAGCCAUCCAUUCUGUUCGCGAAGUCGAGAAGCAAGUGACUUCCUCUGGAGUGCAGCAGCUUCAAAAUAUUGCCGCUCAGUCAGCGCAGGACUUGCAGCGUUUCAAUGACGCUUUGGAUGGCAUCAUUGGAGCGAUUCCAAAUGCGGUCAAAACUGAUCCUGUAGAGUUUGAUCGGCUGAUCCAGUCCACAGUUUUGAAGCGCAUUGAUGAGCUUGCCAAAGCUUUGGAUUCGAGAUUUGACACUGCAGAAUCCCUGCAACAGGAGCAGAAAGACGAAAUCGCUCGUUUUUUCACGAGUCAAGUCCAAAUGCAACUGGAUUUGCUGGACAAACCAUGCCCCUUGUUGUUUGUCGUGCCCGAGUGGCAUCGUAUCGACAGUCAUCCCGGCUACGAAAUUGCCAAGUUUUCAAAGUGGCUGAAAAAGUAUGGUUCUCGUGUUCGCAGCCUGCUUGAGUUUGUGCGUCCGUUCUUGAAGGUAGCCAGUUUGGCUCCUGGUGGACCAGAUGUAACGGAUGUGGUUGAUUCAGCCAUUACUGCUUUGGAAGACCCGCUCGAGGCUCUGCCGUACUUGCAAAGAUUGCUCGACCACGCCGAUCAGAAAAAGAGCUCCAGCGCGAAGGGAAAUCAACCAGCGCCCGCAUCUGCUGCUUCCUCAGAAGUCACACACUCGUCCCAAGAGGCAGCAAGGGAAUGGGCUGCUUUCUUGUCCAAGAAAGACGAGUACAAGUCCUUUGCCGGUUUGGAGCGAGCUGUUGUGCUCAGCAGCAAUGCGCCAAGCAGCUCUUCCAGUGGCAAUGCUACAAGCAGUUCCUCCGCGCCAUCCACUUCAACACCGUGA